UGUCUCAAGCCCCUCGUAAUUUUCGUCGCGGCCACGUAUUUCCAAGAUUUUGACGGAAGGCAACCAGGGCGCGGGUGCGCGAAGCCGUCGCUAAGAUGCGGGUCGAGUCCGACAACGACAGUCUUGACAAGGACUAUGACAUGCUCGACUCCGACAUUGACGACGACGAGGACGAUUUUGAAGAGCAGGUUGACGACACACCAGCUUCAACUCCCCCGUCCGGAACACUUCCUCGCUGUCGCCAGAAAACGCUAAAAUGCCCUUACGAGAACUGCGACAAAGCUUUCGAUCGCAGAGUAAGGCUCGAGGAACACGUCCGUUCCCACACAAACGAACGUCCCUUCCAAUGCCCGCAUCCUCCCUGCACGAAAGCUUUCUUCCGCGACAGCCACCUGAAACACCACGUGAAAAGUCAACAUAGCAACAUCAGGGACUACCAUUGCACAUGGGAAGGAUGCGCCUCAAGCUUCACAACGGGGACAAGACUGCGGCGUCACCUUGAGACACAUGAAGCAAAGGAGAGGUUCAGAUGCCGUGGGUAUCCUGGAUGCGACCAGACUUUCCGCAAACAAGAGACUCUGGACCGGCACAUAUUGUCUGUCCAUCACAACAUCAAACCUUUUCCUUGCAAAGAGCUGGAUUCAGUAACUGGUGCUCCAUGCAAAAAGGCCUACGACACAGCCGAGAACCUGCGUUGCCAUGUGCGAGCCAAGCAUGAUACCUCCCGGUUUUCGUGCUCUGACUGCAUGGCACAGAAUGCCGCCAUUCUUGCCGACCCCGAGGAUGAGAGGGAAGUUAUUCAGGCAUCUUUUGCAACCUAUGGAGAGCUUCAGGCCCACCUCGCCAUUGUCCACCCUCCAACCUGCCAGUAUUGCCCGACGUCAUUCACCACCAACAAGGAGUUGACGCGGCAUCUCGAAAUCCAACAUGGCAUUCUGCCCGAGAAAAAAUCAAAAGAUGUGGUCGUCUUCACGUGCACUGUCGGAGGGUGCGGCAAGAAGUUCACCAAAAAGGGAAACCUGAAUGUCCACAUCAAAACAGUUCACGAGAACAAGCGGGAUUUUGUGUGCGGCAAGACCGAGAUUGCACUUCCCGAAGAAGUCGCCGACCAGCAAGAUGUGGUCAUUCAUGGCUGCAACCGCAGCUUCACCAGCAAAGCCAGUCUCGAAGAGCACGUUCGUACCGCGCAUCUGGGGCUGGAAUCAAAGCGAAUGCUUCGAGAGAAGAAGCGAAAGGCCGACCGUCGCAGUGAUGAUGAGCAUGCAGGCGACAGCGGUGCUGGAGGUGGGCGGCUUAAGAAGCAGCGCCGACCCCGCUCCGACAAGGGCGUCAGGCGGACAUCUGCUAUGGCUGGUCUAACUGGUGUCGCUGCUGCUCCUGCGGACUCCGUCGCUGGUACGUCGCAGCAAGAGCAGGUUCAACAUGGGUUUGUGGAUAUCCAUCCGAAGAGGAGGGACGAAGAUGCCGACCUCUCAAACAAGGGCACUCUCCUCUCCGGCUCCAUGGUCAUCUGUGACGACCACAUCUGGCACAACGGCACAUCUUACCAUUAUCCGUCCGGGGAAUACCCAACUCUUCUCUCGAGAGAUUUUGCCCGGGCGAGCGUUCACGAUGACGCUCCGAUUGGCGACUUUGUCCAUGACGAAUGCAUGGGUGCGGAGGGUGCCUAUGACGAAAGCGAUCUGCACUUCUUUGGUGAGUUUGAGCCCGAGACGGAACUUGUGCCGCGCGGAUUUGAGUAUCCUGCGCCGUGAAUCCUGCACAUCUUUCACACGUACAUAGAUUGGAAUGCACAGCAUUGGCGUUUCCAGGGGAUUGUUGCAUGUGGGAAUCAGCACUGGACCAAUCCACCCGGUCCACAGAAAAAGUUCUUGAUCGAGCAUGGCGUUGGGGAGGGGAACAGAUGAUCAAAAGCGAUGAGGAAAACGGGACGGAAAAGCGAGCUUGACAUGGAAACGAGAAUCAAAUGAACAAUGGAAUCCGAAUGUUUGACGCACUGCCAUGAAUCCCCGCCUGCGAUUCUCUGAUAAUAUCCCCGUUUCUAUUUUAUUAUCUCGG